UGCACCGGCGGGCGGCCCGCGGUCCCUCGGCGGCUCCGGCAUCCAGAGCGGCGCGGAGGGAGGGAGGGAGGAUGAACCUGGAGCGGCUCAGGAAGCGAGUGCGCCACUACAUCGACCAGCAACAGUAUCAAAGUGCCCUGUUUUGGGCUGACAAAGUAGCUUCACUCUCUCAUGAGGAACCACAGGAUAUCUACUGGCUGGCUCAAUGUCUUUACCUAACAGCUCAGUAUCACAGGGCAGCACACGCCCUUCGAUCACGGAAGUUGGAUAAGUUGUAUGAGGCAUGUCGCUACCUUGCAGCCAGAUGUCAUUAUGCUGCAAAAGAGCAUCAGCAGGCCUUGGAUAUUCUUGAUAUGGAGGAGCCAAUCAACAAACGACUUUUUGAAAAGUACUUGAAGGAUGAAAGUGGGUUGAAAGAUUCUACCACAGACUGGGAGAUGUCACAGUCCUCAAUCAAGAGCUCUAUAUGCCUUUUACGAGGGAAGAUCUAUGAUGCUUUGGACAAUAGAACCCUGGCAACUUACAGCUACAAAGAGGCCUUGAAGCUGGAUGUUUACUGCUUUGAAGCAUUUGAUCUUUUAACGUCGCACCACAUGUUGACAGCACAAGAAGAAAAAGAACUCCUUGAAUCUCUACCUCUUAAUAGACAAUGUACAGAAGAAGAACAGGAAUUGCUUCACUUUUUAUUUGAGAAUAAAUUGAAAAAGUAUAAUAAACCCAGUGAAACACUGAUUCCUGAAUCAGUAGAUGGUCUUCAGGAAAACCUGGAUGUGGUAGUAUCCCUAGCAGAAAGGCAUUAUUACAACUGUGACUUCAAAAUGUGUUAUAAGCUUACUUCAGUAGUGAUGGAAAAAGAUCCCUUCCAUGCAAAUUGUUUACCUGUACAUAUAGGGACACUUGUGGAGCUUAACAAAGCAAAUGAACUUUUCUAUCUUUCUCACAAACUGGUGGACUUGUACCCAAAUAAUCCUGUGUCAUGGUUUGCAGUAGGAUGCUAUUAUCUCAUGGUUGGCCACAAAAAUGAGCACGCUAGAAGAUAUCUCAGCAAAGCUACUACACUGGAGCGAACCUAUGGCCCUGCAUGGAUAGCAUAUGGACAUUCAUUCGCAGUGGAGAGUGAGCAUGACCAAGCAAUGGCUGCAUACUUCACAGCUGCACAGCUCAUGAAAGGGUGUCAUUUGCCGAUGCUCUAUAUUGGACUGGAAUAUGGUUUGACCAACAACUCCAAGUUGGCUGAACGGUUUUUCAGCCAAGCUUUAAGCAUUGCACCUGAAGAUCCUUUUGUUAUGCACGAAGUUGGAGUGGUAGCAUUUCAAAAUGGAGACUGGAAAACUGCAGAAAAGUGGUUCCUUGAUGCACUGGAGAAAAUCAAAGCUAUUGGAAAUGAGGUAACAGUUGAUAAGUGGGAGCCUUUAUUGAACAACUUAGGACAUGUCUGCAGAAAACUCAAGAAGUAUGAAGAAGCACUGGAAUACCAUCGGCAGGCUCUGGUGUUAAUCCCUCAGAAUGCUUCUACUUACUCUGCCAUUGGCUACAUACACAGCCUCAUGGGCAAUUUUGAAAGCGCCAUUGACUAUUUCCACACGGCCCUUGGUCUCAGGCGGGAUGACACAUUUUCAGUCACAAUGCUUGGACACUGCAUAGAAAUGUACAUUGGUGAUUCUGAAGCCUAUAUUGGAACAGAGAUCAAAGACAAAUUAAGAUGUUAUGACUUUGAUGUACACACAGUGAAGACAUUAAAGAACAUAAUUUCACCUCCCUGGGAUUUCAGAGAAUUCGACAUAGAAAGACAAACUCUGGAUGAAAGUGGCAUAGUAACAUUAGAGACAUCAAAUCAAAGGAAAAGUACAGAUACCAGUCGCCCAUUGGAAGAAACAUUUGAGAUUGAAAUGAAUGAAAGUGAUAUGAUGUUAGAAACAUCAAUGUCAGACCAUAGUACGUGACCAUAAAUACUGGUAGAGA